AUAUACAAAAAAAAAAAUAAAAAUUAAACGAACCCUCAUUGGGCUUCUUUCUUAGUGCGAGCCCAAAACUGUGUAUAUAAAAUGCAUCACUCUCCCGAAACCCUAAUUCCUCUUUUCACAACCCUAUUACGUCGGAGCAGAUCCAACACAUUGAAGAGGUGAUGGCUCCAAAGCAGCCGAAUACAGGGAUAUCUGUUGGUCUAAACAAAGGCCAUGUUGUGACCAAGAAGGAAUUAGCUCCACGCCCUUCUGACAGAAAAGGGAAAACAAGCAAAAGAAUACACUUUGUGAGGAGUCUUAUCAGAGAAGUUGCUGGAUUUGCUCCAUAUGAGAAGAGGAUCACUGAGCUUCUCAAAGUUGGAAAGGACAAGCGUGCCUUGAAGGUAGCCAAGAGGAAGUUGGGUACUCACAAGAGGGCAAAGAGGAAGAGAGAAGAGAUGUCUAGUGUUCUCCGCAAGAUGAGGGCUACUGGAGGUGGUGAAAAGAAGAAGUGAGGCCUGUAUCCAUCACUACUGAUGUUUGAAGGACCCAGUUAGUUAAUUCACCAGCUUUUACGUGUGCAAUGUAUUUUUGUUUUCAAGAAAGAGGACUUGUGAUCGAAAAGUUCCCUGUUUAUGUUCGAUGAAUAUUUUGGAAUUAGUGAUUCUUUAGACAUUUUUGCAAAUUGCGUGCUUUUCUGG